UGCAUAUUCUGGCUCAAUCUCCAUAAACCAUGGUUUUAAGAUGGAAAGGUUUGAUGCAUCAGCCAACAUUCUAUGAAUAAUGCCUAUUUUGCUCCGAGGCUUUUUGAAUGUCUCAAGGCAUGCAAAUCAUUCGACAAAAUGGUGCCGCGCCAUAAAUGGUGCAAGGCUGAUGAGCAAGCGCAAAGCCAAGGCUCCAAAACCCUUUGAAUUAAUAUAUCCUGAUGCUCCGACCAAGGAGCACUCCGAUCUCAACUCCUUCUUAUCAUACGUGGAACGUGUCAGCUUAAACAAAAGAUCUACGGUCUAUAGAGGCACCCAUUACGAAUACACAGUCGCCGAUACACUAUCCCAGUAUGGCUUCUUUCUCAAACGCGUUGGCGGGCAGUCAGACCGUGGCAUGGAUCUUCUAGGGCUAUGGACACUCCCCUCCACGACGCGAACCUUCAAAGUGGUUCUCCAAUGCAAAGCGGGUGCUCGGAGUGCAAGCCCAAUGUACAUUCGCGAGCUCAAGGGCGCCAUGGCAGCAGCGCCUCCGGGAUGGCGAGGCAAUGAUGUCCUGGGCCUCCUGGUGGGUGAGAAACCAGCCACGAAGGGUGUGCAGGGCGAGAUGCACUCCGCGGAUGUGGCGCUAGGCUAUGUGUGCUGUUCUAAGGAGGGAGAUGUUCUGCAACUGCUAUGGAAUAUCAAGGCUCAAGAGAUGGGGCUAGAUGGAGUUACAGUUGGUUUGAGGUAUGGAGAGGAUACUAACAAGCUUGUGUUGGUGAGUGGAGGUGAAAUGUUGCCCCUGCUGGAGAAGACCAAGACUGAGGAGGAAGACGUGGUGGUUGAUGUGUCUGCCAUUGAGAUUGAAGGUUCACAAGGGUGACGUGGAAUGGCCACUCUCUUGCAUUUUAUGUAUUCUAUGUAAAAUAUGACAUAUUUCAUUUAUUCACUUCAUGUCAAGCCAGGGAGUACAGUGUAUCAGAUUUAGCACGUCAGAACGUUAUCCAAAGUUAUCUAUGUG